CGUCGCAGCUCGCAACCGAGGCAAACUCCACACACAGAAGCCGCCGCUUCUUCACCUCGCGUUCGCCCUCUUCGCCCGCCGCCUCCGUCCCGCCCCCGCGCUCAUUCCCCUCCUCCAUCUGCUCGCCGCCUUCCCACCGCCCCCUCCCGCGAGACCGGCGGUCGACGCCCGGCUCUGCGCAGGCGCCAACCGCCCCGCUGGGAAACGCGCUCCGCUGGUGGGCGGGAAACGCGCGUGCGCGCUGGGUUAUAAGAGGGUGUGGGACGACAUUGCGCGAGCCGCUGGGGACGGCGGCGGCGGGCGCGCGCGACAUGGGGUUUCCUGCGCCCUUGUGCGCCGUGGGACGGGGGAGGCUCCAGGCUCUUCGACCUCUGUGUCCUUGUUCUUUUGCGAGCUUCUGGGCUUCCCGGCUCCUCCAAAGGAGAGCGCAGAGCCCCAGAGCCAGCAAGUCGUCCGUGAUGAGCUGCAUGAGAAAGACAGUGGUGGAGGCGUUGAAGAUCCUCACGGAUGCUCACGGUUUUGAUAGAGUUUUGGAAAAGGUGGCUGUCAUCUCUGCUGUUCCUGGGAAAGUGAUUUGUGAAAUGAAAGUAGAAGAAGAGCAUACUAAUAAAAUGGGCACUCUCCAUGGCGGUUUGACAGCCACUUUGGUCGAUAACAUAUCCACAAUGGCUCUGCUAUGCACGGAAAGGGGCCUACCUGGAGUCAGUGUUGAUAUGAACAUAACGUACAUGUCACCUGCAAAAAUAGGAGAAGAUGUAGUGAUUACAGCACAUGUUCUGAAGCAAGGAAGAACACUUGCAUUUGCCUCUGUGGAUCUGACUAACAAGGCCACAGGAAAGCUAAUAGCACAAGGCAGACACACAAAACACCUGGGAAACUGAGACCAGCAGGAUGACCUAAAGAAACCCAGCCAUGAAUAUUAAGUGUAAAUUUGACUUGAACAAACGUAAUUUUCAAAAUAAAUUGGUAAAACCAGAA